CAUCUCUCGUUAAUCCACUGAAUAAUUGUAUGCUUUCUUUGGGCCACAGAAAUCUAAUACAGGUUUUUGCCUUUUUGGGGCUCUACGGUGGAACACUGUAAAACGCUGUAAUUCGUUCAGAUCUUAUAGAUUCUCUCUCUCUCUCAAUUGGAGAAAUGGCUGACCAGAUUAAAGCAGCUAUGCCAGAAGCUUCUUUUGAGUUCGAACUUCUAGAAAGGGAUCCUGACCACCUUAGAACUGUUGUUGCUAUGCCUAACCAGACUAGGCCAUUGAUUGACCAUGCAUCUUUGAAACUUAAGCACAGGAUUGGUCGAGGCCCCUUUGGUGAUGUUUGGUUGGCAACUCAUCAUCAGUCAGCUGAUGAUUUUUAUGAGUAUCAUGAAGUGGCUGUGAAAAUGUUACAUCCAUUGAGGGAUGAUCACGCCCAAACAUUUGUGGAUAGGUUCGAAGAAUUAUUUUUCAAGUGCCGAGAAAUCCAAGGUGUUUGUUGGCUGCAUGGUAUCUCAAUUAUUAAUGGGAAGAUCGGCAUUGCCAUGAAAUUCUAUGAGGGCUCAUUGGACGAUAGAAUUGCUUGGUUGAAAGGGGGCAAACUUCAAUUGUCUCAUGUUUUAAGAUAUGGGAUCGAUUUGGCAAAAGUAAUCCGAGCACUACACUCGGUUCGUUUUCUUGUGCUGAACCUUAAACCUUCUAAUUUCCUUCUUGAUGAGCAUGAUCAACUGAUCCUGGGAGAUUUCGGGAUUCCUUAUCUACUUCGUGGGAUUCCACUUCUUGAUUCUGAUAUGGUUCUUAGACUUGGAACUCCUAACUACAUGGCUCCAGAGCAGUGGGAACCGGAAGUUAGGGGUCCUAUAUCUUUUGAAACUGAUGCAUGGGGUUUUGGAUGUAGCAUAAUAGAGAUGUUGACUGGUGUGCAACCCUGGUUUGGGAGAUCACUGGAAGAAAUUUAUCAGACAGUUGUUAUAAGAAAAGAGAAACCCGAUAUUCCGAGUGGUCUGCCUCCUGCAUUGGAGAAUGUUAUUAAGGGUUGCUUUGAAUAUGAUAUUCGGAAUCGACCUCAGAUGGCUGAUAUUAUGCAUGCAUUUGAAAGCUCUCAGACUGCUGUUUUUAGUGAUGGAGGAUGGAGUGGACUAGGAAGUAGAGGACUUACAGAAAGGUCAAAUGGCAAGGGUUAUACUGCCUGGUACCUCUUAAAAGAUUGUCUUCAAGUGGGCGAUAUGGUCCGUUCAAGAAAGCCUCUCAAUGGAUGCAAACCACAGACCCCAGUCAUCCCUGAAGGAAUUGUGGUUGGUUUGGAUAUUGGUGCUGAUAAAAGUGAUUUUGUUCUGGUGAAGAUCUCCAGAUUGCACAAUCCUUUAAGAGUGCAGGCAUCAACACUUGAGAGGGUCACAUCUGGGUUUUCAGCUGGGGAUUGGGUGCGCUUGAAGGAGGAAAAAAGCAAGCACUCUCCCAUGGGCAUUAUACAUUCCAUGCAGCGAGAUGGAAGUGCAACAGUUGGAUUCCUUGGGUUAGACACUCUCUGGACAGGAAACUCUUCUGAGCUUGAAAUGGCCAAAGCUUAUUAUGUGGGGCAGUUUGUAAGGCUGAAAGCAAAUGUGUUCACUCCCCGAUUUGAGUGGCCUCGCAAGAGGGGAGGAGCUUGGGCCACAGGUAGGAUUUCAGAAAUACUACCUAAUGGGUGUCUUGUAGUAAGAUUUCCGGGGAGGCUUGUAUUUGGAGAAGAGGCCAACUUCUUCUUAGCAGAUCCUGCUGAAGUCGAACAUGUGUCUUUCGAUACUUGUGCUGGGAUGGUAGGGAAGUAUCAGCAUGUUGAAGAUUUUCACUGGGCUUUGAGGCCAUUUGCUAUUACAUUGAGCUUAUAUGCAGCUGUUAAACUUAGCAUAUCUAUUGGCCGAAAUGUAAAUGCAAAACUGAAGAAGGGUCGCCGAAAUACGAGUUCCGGUGUUGACCGGGAGGGCCAUGCUGGCAGGAAUGCUGUUUGGCUUCCACCCCCAGUUGCUAAUAUCAUUUUUAAAGAAGGUGUUCCUACUGCUUCUGCCCGUUAAUUCUGCCAAGACAAUGUAAAUAAUUACUGAAGCCUACGUAUGGCAUUGGAUGUCUAUUUGAAAACUACUGCAAUCCCUACAAUAUGCUGGUAGUUCUUGUACCCCCCACUGUGGGCUCUAAGUUGUGCAAAUCUAAUGAUGUCAGACCAAGAAUUCUGUCUAUAGAAGGUGUAAAUAUGUAUAUAAAUGGUGUCGGUAUAUAUUUUUCUUGGGUCUUUCGUUUU